CACGGCGUGGCCCGCCUUCUGCACCACACGUGGAAGAAGUCGUUACAUCAGAAGCCGUUGCCUCAAAACGGCGCUAAAUCUCAAAGUAUUACUAAUCACAGCAAUAAUAAUCAUAACAACAAAGUGUCAAAUCAUAUGAAAAAGGCGUUUGUUUUCGGCGCGAGUGCUCCGAAGAGUGAGUUACAAGAGAUUAUGGACUUAGAGAUGGCCAAAGAAAUGAGUCGUAAAGAGUAUGACAACAGUCUGACCGCCGAAGCGCUCAACUCAACGUGUGAUGUGACGCGAAAACAGGCGAAGGAUUUGUUCGCAACGAAACUCAAAAGAGAUCAGUUGUACCAAAGAUAUCCCGGAGUCGACCAAAACUUUUUGGACACCAUUUUUGAUUCAAAUAAGUAUUGUUUGGGCAAAACAAUCGACGUUUUGGACAACUCUUUGGGACUGAGCGACGACUUUAGCAAUGAGACGGAAGCACUGAUAGCUCAAGAGAGGAAUCGGUCACAGAAUGGGUCGCCGAUGAAUGACAGUCGCGCGGCGUCUCCGGUGAAGUCGGUCCGCAAAGUUGCCGUCGAUAUCAAUGCAAACAUAUCGCAAAUCAAUGACUUAGUGGUG